AUGACAACUACUAGUAGAAUCAUCAUCGUCGGUACCGGAUUUAGCGGCGUCUGGAGUGCCUUUUCAGCUAAACGCCUUAUCAAUCUUUCCCAGAAAAAGAAAGAUAUUGAGGUAGUCGUCAUCUCGCCCGAGCCAACCCUGGUCAUACGUCCGCGACUCUACGAGGCGAAUGUGGCCAGCUUCACCCACCCCCUCGGAGCUAUGUUUGAGGAUGCAGGCAUCAAAUUCUUCCAAGGCAUUGUGAAGAAAAUCGAUUCCGAUGCACACAUAGUUUCUGUUCAAUCUACCUCCGGUCUUGAGUCAAGUCUUAACUAUGACCGCCUUAUCCUGGCAGCUGGUAGCUCCAUCGUGCGGCCUCAGAAUAUUAUCGGAAUUGAGAAGCAUGCGUUCGAUAUCGACUCUCUGGAUUCAGCCAUCAAGCUUGAGACUCAUAUUGAGAAUAUGGCUUCCCUUCCUCCAAGUCCUGCCCGUGAUACUAUUGUUGUAUGCGGCGGCGGUUUCACAGGCCUUGAGAUCGUGACAGAGCUUCCCAAACGCCUUACGCGUAUUCGAAAUCACCGAAUCAUUCUGAUCGACAAUUCUAAGGAAGUUGGCCAGGCACUUGGACCUGGGCCUCGUCCUGUUAUAGCGCAAGCCUUGAAGGAUCUCGGAAUUGAAUUGAAGCUCGGAUCCUCUGUCGCAGCAAUCGAUGCUGACGGUGUGAUUCUUGCAUCUGGCGAGCGAAUCGAAAGCAAAACUGCCAUUUGGACAGCUGGUGUGAGGGCGACACCUCUAACGCAGCAAAUUUCUGGACUUAAGGAUAAACUUGGUCGUCUUCACGUCGACCAGCACCUUCGCGUUCCAUCAGCUCGGGAUGUGUUUGCCACUGGUGAUGCAGCUUCUGCUCGUCCGGAUACAGAAGGCCACUAUACUAUGAUGUCCUGCCAGCAUGCAAUUCCGCUUGGUCGUGUGUCAGGCUAUAAUGCCGCAGCUGAUCUUCUUGACGAGCCCAUGAUAGCUUAUACUCAGCCUGCAUACAUUUGCUGCCUGGAUCUCGGUUCUUAUGGUGCAGUUGUCUCUGAGGGUUGGGAGAGACAUGUAAAGAUAAAGGGGGAUAUGGCAAAGCGGGUAAAGGGCUAUAUCAAUCAGGUUGCGAUUUAUCCUCCAAAGGAUUCGCAGAAGGCUCUGGAUGAAGCCAAGCCGGUUGAGCUUAAUGGAACCCAAUUGAUCGAGCACAUCCUUCGCGCGGUGGCUUAA